AUGGACCAAUCACAUCUGUCCUCCAACCUAAUCCGCUCGCCCUACCAGUCCUCGGAAAACCUCUCGUCGCCGCCAAGUCAGGACCAGGGCACCGAACAAAACCGCGAGACAGGUCCCGUAACGCAUAUGCCCCAAAUAUGGCAGUUUUAUGACAACUACACCACAGACAUGAUUUUGGGCGACUACGACCCGUCGGCCGGCACGUACCUCGCUUCUUCUCAGCAAGCCCAACCACAGUACGUCACCAGCUCGCCCACAACGAAAAACAUGUACUCCACCGAGCAUCGAAUUUCUAUACACAAUAUUCCUUCACCAGAGGGAGAAAAGCAGCCUACAUUUCCCGGCACCGACCCGACAGCAUUGAAAAAAUUUAGAUGCAGCCAAUGCACAAGCUCUUUCACGCGGAGAAGCAGGCUCAAAGAGCACUGUCGUAAAGUUCACGAGGGUGAAAAGCUGGUAUUCAGAUGUGACCACUGCGACAAGGUGAUGAGCUCACGCGAAAACCUCAACAGACACAUGAUUGGUCACACCGACAAGUACCGCUGUGCGUACUGCGGCAAACGCCACGACAGAUCCGACAGAUACCAGCGCCACAUACAGAAAUGUUCCGCCAAACACAAUAGUACUUGA